CUCUCGUCUUUCUCCCUCACCCGCAGUCUGUACUUCGACGGUGACUCUGAGCAGAGGGAGAGAAAUGGAGAUGGCGGUGAGCUUCCGUAACUCUUCUCUACCUCCGGUGACUAGCCCUAACCCUAGGCCUCAACUGUCGAAGCAAUUCUUCGGCCUCAGAUUAUCUUCUUCUUCUUCUUCUUCGUUUCUAACGUCCAGAACGAGAAUUACUCCUCUGAAACUCCGUUCUCGGAAUUUCGCAUUGCUUAGACCGAUCAAAUGCUCCGUUUCUCAGGCCACCACAGAAACUUCCACUGGGAAGAAGAGUCAGUUAAUGAGGAGAAGUGAUAUAAGGAAUAUAGCAAUCGUGGCGCAUGUUGAUCAUGGGAAGACAACUUUGGUUGAUGCCAUGUUGAAGCAAGCUAAGGUUUUUCGUGAUAAUCAAUUUGUACAAGAGAGGAUAAUGGAUUCAAAUGAUCUUGAGCGUGAAAGGGGAAUUACAAUUCUUAGCAAGAAUACAUCAAUCACGUAUAAGGAUACAAAAAUUAAUAUUAUAGACACUCCUGGGCACUCUGACUUUGGAGGUGAAGUGGAACGCAUCCUCAAUAUGGUGGAAGGAGUUCUUCUAGUGGUUGAUUCUGCUGAGGGUCCAAUGCCACAAACAAGGUUUGUUUUGAAGAAGGCUUUAGAAUUUGGCCAUGCUGUUGUUGUUGUUGUCAAUAAGAUUGACAGGCCCUCAGCUCGUCCGGAUGAUGUCAUCAAUUCAACUUUUGAACUUUUUAUUGAAUUAAAUGCAACUGAUGAACAGUGUGAUUUCCAAGCAGUAUAUGCCAGUGGUAUCAAAGGAAAGGCAGGACUUUCUCCCGAUAACUUGGCAGAAGAUCUUGGACCUCUCUUUGAGUCUAUUAUCAGAUGCAUACCUGGACCACGUAUUAAGAAAGAUGGUGCACUUCAAAUGCUUGCAACAAACAUUGAAUAUGAUGAGCAUAAGGGACGAAUAGCUAUUGGGCGCUUGCAUGCUGGUAUUCUGCAGAGAGGAACCGAAGUAAGGGUAUGCACUUCAGAAGAUUCAUGUAGAUUUGCAAGAGUUAGUGAACUUUUCGUCUAUGAGAAAUUCAGUAGGGUACCUGCUGAAAGUGUGGAAGCUGGUGAUAUUUGUGCUGUUUGUGGAAUAGAAGAUAUUCAGAUUGGGGAGACAAUCGCUGACAAAGUAUCUGGAAAGCCAUUACCUGCCAUUAAAGUGGAGGAACCAACUGUUAAAAUGGCUUUCUCUAUAAACACUUCACCAUUUGUUGGUCGUGAGGGAAAGUAUGUUACUAGCAGGAAUCUACGAGAUCGACUCAACCGUGAGCUUGAGAGAAAUUUGGCUAUGAGAGUUGAAGAUGGUGAAACUGCAGAUACAUUUAUUGUUAGUGGGCGUGGUACUUUACAUAUUACCAUACUAAUAGAAAACAUGCGGAGGGAAGGAUAUGAAUUCAUGGUGGGACCUCCCAAAGUUAUUAACAAGAAGGUUGAUGACAAGUUGAUGGAGCCAUAUGAGAUUGCCACUGUAGAAGUACCAGAAGAACAUAUGGGGGCUGUGGUGGAACUUCUUGGCAGAAGGCGUGGACAGAUGAUAGACAUGCAAGGAGUUGGGUCCGAAGGCACAACACUGCUUAAAUAUAAGAUCCCAACACGUGGCCUUCUUGGAUUGCGCAAUGCUAUUUUGACAGCUUCUCGUGGCACAGCUAUUCUGAACACGAUUUUUGAUAGCUAUGGACCAGCGGCUGGUGACAUUGUUACCCGAGAUCAGGGGUCAUUGGUUGCCUUUGAGGAUGGUACGACCAGUUCUUAUGCGCUUGCCAGUUCACAGGAGAGAGGACAGAUGUUUGUUGGGCCUGGCAUGGAGGUUUAUAAAGGUCAAAUUGUUGGAAUCCAUCAGCGGCCUGGGGACUUAUCCCUUAAUGUUUGCAAGAAAAAGGCUGCAACAAAUGUACGUUCAUCCAACAAAGAUCAAUCAGUGGUCCUUGACACCCCAUUGGAUUAUAGUCUGGACGAUUGCAUUGAAUACAUUCAAGAAGAUGAACUGGUGGAGGUCACUCCCUCAAGUGUCCGGAUGUGCAAAAAUCCAAAAUUUGCUGCCUCCAAAAAGACUAGGCAAUGAUGUUGUAGCCUUAAAGUUUAUAACUUGUGAGUCUACAAGCCAAGCUUCUCUCAGUUCUCAAACCAAUCCCAAUAUGGUGACACUACAAACAUCUCAAGUUUAAGAAAAUCUUGCUGAAUACAUAAUUUUUUCGCUCCUAUAUCCGAGCAUUAGGAGUUCCCUUCUCACAGCAUUUUUUGUGAAUUUGAAUUCUUCUUAGAUAUGAAGGUAUUCAAAUUUUCUUUUGUAUUGUGGCUGCUGUAUAUAGUGUUGUGAUAAGUGUUCCAUAGAUGAUUAGUACCGCUUGGAAUGGUGCAAGGAUUUUUUUUUUUUUUUAAAUACAAUUGAAGACACUCAGCUAUCUAUUCAAUUAGCAGGUGCAUAGUAAAAUCUCUGUUAUCAAAAAUCUCUUCGCUGUUUCUUACCUUCUUAUGUAAUCGCAACAUAUUUCUGGUUAGAAGAAAAUAUGUCUUCUACG